AUGGCUCCUAAUACAGAACUUCCUACACGGGCCUUAAUUGUUACUUUAAAGUCUCCUUUUGGAGGCAAGUCAACGAGCCAGAUCAGCGCUAUCACGGGCAUCUCUCCACGCACGAUUGACGCUAUCUAUGGCCGAGCCUGCCAGCGAGGCUUUGAGCCAAAUGGACCUAUGAUAAAGCUCCUCCCUGAAUAUCUUGAAGAUGCUCCACGUAUAGGUCGCCCGCGUAAGCAAGAGGCUAUUCAAGAGGCUACUAUUCAGAAAUGA